GAGGAGAGAAACGGAAGCGGACCGAUCCCCGCCCGGAACGGCGCACGCGGCCCUGCAGACCCCGGAGCCCCGAGCGGAUCCACGCUCCAACCCUCCGCGGCCACCAACAGCCGCGCACACCGAUGACGUUACAGACGGCGCACACAGAUGCCGCUACGAUGACUCACGCCGAUGACGUAAUUAACGCAUGCGCCCAACGCCCGCGCCCGCACUCGCUCUCCCCAGCUGUCCAACCGCCGGCCGCGCGUUCCCGCCCUCGUCAACGAUUGGUUGGUCUUGCCGCCACUCGUUGCUCGGCUCUGUUGGAUUGGCUGCGAGGGCUAAAGGAGGCGGGAAAAGGAGAGGGGGGCCGUUACCUCAGCAACGACGGACGCGGGAGGCGGCGGUGCCGGGCCUUAUGGUCCUGUGCUGCUCUGUGUGACGUGAGGCGGUGUCUUCCGAGACCCAGACUACAAGGGAAAGGCAAGGUGAGGAUGGAGGUGGAUGUGCCUGCAGUCGGCUCUUUGCAGUCCCUUGCCAAGCUGCUCAGUGAUGCACGUGGGGAUGAGGACGACGAUGACUUUGGUCUGUGCUGUUCUGUCAGUGCCAUGACUCCUGGUAGCAUUGGACCAGUAAAGAAAGAGACUACUGAUACCUUACAAGUGCAGUCUGAACACAACAAAACCAUUUGGAGCACAGAAGAGGUCCCGGAAGGAUCCGAAUUUGACGACACCUGGGAUCCUAGAGAACAGCCAGAGUAUGAGAUUUCAUUCAAACAGCAGGUGGGAACAGAGGAUGUCUUCUUUGGGAUGAGCAGGAAAGACCCUUCCACGGCCUGCUGUGAAGAUAUGGUGAUUAAAAUCAAGCUGCCAGAGACAAAGUUCUCAGACAUCACAUUAGAUAUCCAGGACAAGGUUCUUGACCUCCGAACUCCCCAGAAUUUUGUCUUUUUGGUGACUCACAUCUGCCAUUAUCUUAGUAUCCAGCUGUCUCAAGUCACAAGCCUUGCAAAUAAAACGUUUGCUGUAAAUCUGAUGGUUGCUUGGGUACAGCCUGAGCCAGUGCUGUUUUGCAGAUGUAAGUGCAAAUCUGCUCAGUAUGAAAGAAACAAAUAAGAUCUCAAGUUCUACAUACGAAGAAACACUCUGUUCUCACAGAUGUAUGGGAGGGCUCAAAGGAAUUGUUUUCCACUGCACAGUCCUGGGGCUGACUGUAAGCCCAACUGAUCUUGUGGACUUUUCCAUGUGCUAUCAGCUGCUUAACUUCUGUAGGUGAGGUGUAAGUGUGUUUUGACUGUACCUUGGCUGUGGCUCCUACAACACAGUUGAAAAGGUCUGGAACCCCAGUUUGGAGUAACCCCCGUAUCCACACUACCAUGUUGUCUUUUAGGGUAGGUAGGUGUGUCUUCUUUGAAACCAGUCCGUCCAGAACCUCUAAUCCAGCUGUGCCGGUUGUUUCUUGCUAUAGAAUACAAGCUCCCCCAGACUCUGUAGGCAUUUUUCAGGUUUUUACCACCAGGAGAGCAUUAUCAGUGCAGCUUCUCCUUCCUCUGCAUUGUGUGGAAGCAACAACAGUGGAGAGAACUCACAAUCCAUCGCUGGAAGCUGUUGUAGCCACAGCCAAAAGAAAGGAGAUGUUGGAAAUCCUCCAGGGCCUAUAUGGUUGUGUAGCAGUAUUGCAGAACUGUGUAGCUUGUCAUGGGAAGGCUAUACAGAAUGGACUUUCCUUGAUAUACUGAUUCUUGAAUCACAAGAAUGGCUUUCAGUGCUAUCUCAAUGGCUCACGUGGCUUGGGCCAUUAAAACUCAUUGUGUCCUCCU